GUCAAAAUGGCAGACCGACCUCUAUUCUCGCUUGAAUUAUUUCACAGAAUCCCCGAAAUCACCCAUGUUUGCGCUGCUGGUGAGUCCUUGCCUCUCAAAGGGCAAAGUAAAGCCCUCGAAAAAUAUAUGAAGGACAAGUCUUCGGGCCAUAUCGGUCGCUUUCACCAAACGCAAUACCUGGACGACGUUCGAACCCUAGUUUCUCAAGCCUGGGGAGUUGCCAAUCACGAGGUUGGAUUUGCGCCGAGUGUCGCCGAUGGUGUUUCUAUGGUUCUUGAAUCGUUGGAUUGGAGAGACGACGAUAAUGUCUGCGUUCACGUGGACGAAUUUCCCAGCCUGGUUGGCCCGUUUGCCUUCAAACACCAACAAAAGCAAAAGGAUUCCAGGGGAGGCCCGAUCAAGUCCCCAGAAGUAAUCUAUUACAAGAGGAACGAGCUACAAGAAAAGGUCAACGAGAGGACUCGACUCAUUGCCGUGAGCUACGUGUCCUAUUAUGAUGGCACUCGGGUCGACCUCUCAUUCUAUCGACAGGUAGCCGACUCAGUUGGCGCUAUUCUCCUUGUCGAUUUCACCCAGGCUGCCGGAUAUACACCGAUCGAUGCAUCGGUUGCGGACUUUGCAUUCUCUGCAUGCUAUAAAUGGCUACUCGGGACAACUGGAGCCGCGAUCGCAUACUGGAACCAAUCAAAGAUGCCAAACUGGAGACCAAUCACUGGAGGCUGGCAUUCUCUCGCCCUCGGAGCAGUUCGACCACAAUGGGAAAGUCAUUUCCUUGAGGCUCGCAACGAUGCAAUGUGCUUUAGCCGGGGUAAUCCCGCACAUCUUCCGAUCUACGUUCUGCGGGAAUCUUUGGAAUAUCUCAAACAAUGGGACGCUAGUAAGAUUGAGGAGCACGUUCAAACGUUGACAACGGCACUACUCGAAAGACUCAAGACGAAAAGCAUACAUUCCUCUACGCCAACAGCUAAAGAUCAACACGGUGCUAGCGUGACUGUUGAUUGUGAGCGAGCUUCCGAAAUCGUGGAUGAAAUGGCCAAGGCCGGUAUCUACGCGUGGAAUGGCCAGGGGAGAGUUCGAUUUAGCUUUCAUGGCUACAACUGUAUCAAGGAUGUCGAUCGGAUCAUGGAAGUAUUUCCUACGUUGUGGAAAAAGUUCAAUCAGACAAGCUCUAAAAUAUGAGCGUGCUUUCCGGUAUUUCGUUUUCCU